CGCCUAGAGGAGCUACUGGGAUCUUUGAUUAGUUUACAUUCAUGACCACAUGUACACAGGGCCACCGAGAAGAGCCAAAAUGGCUUCUAUUUCAUAACACCCGUGACGACAGGAGGAGGUGCGAGAGGUUUACUGAGGAGUUUUCGUGUCGGGACGAAUCGACAGACUUGUCCUGAUUGAAGUUAUUCUGAAAGAUACUUGGCCUCUUGCAGCCGGUUAGGUUUUUGCGUCGUACACGGCAAAUCGACGCAGAUUAACAGCCAGAUCGUUCAGUGAAGUGCUUGCAAGCACCGCCGCCAUAUUGAAGCGAAGUGACUGACUGGGACUGAACUGACAAGCGGUCGGACCAGAAAAAGAGGGGGGGCUGCCGCUGCUGGUGACGCAGGAAAAACACCCAAGAGCAGACAAAAAAAACCAAGGAAGCAAGACCAUCAUCACAGGCAGAUUACAUACAAGGAAAACGCUCAUAUAAGGCACGCCGAUGAGACUGGUCGCGACCCGAGUGAAUCCCACAGGCUCCGGGGUGCCCGACAGAGAGCCCGAGCGAAGGCUUUCCCAUUCCUGGUAAGCGGCUAGCCUGGCGCCGCGGCCGUAUCCCUUUGUUACAAUUGCAUCGUCUGGAUCCACUGGUUCUGGUUGUGCGAUGGUCUCUGCAGGUCGUCCUGAGCUUGACCUGCCGCUCUCCCCCUCAGACCUGCGCCCCUUCUCUGCCGAUCUCCAGGAGGCAGUCAUUUCUUCUCUCACCGCCACGACAUAAGCAGACAAAAUUGCAAAGAUCUGCCCAGUGUCGAGUAUGACGGCCACGACCCGUGGCUCUCCUGUGGGGGGCAACGACAACCAGGGCCAGGCCCCCGAUGGCCAGUCGCAGGCCCCGCUGCCCCAGCACCAGACGUCCUCUCCCACCUCCUCGAAUGAGAACUCCCCGGUGAGCCCUCCGGAUGAACCGGGUCAGGGGGAUGGGGCCCCGCAGCUGGAGGACGAGGAGCCUGCCUUCCCCCACACGGACCUUGCCAAGCUGGAUGACAUGAUCAACCGACCCCGCUGGGUGGUCCCGGUUCUGCCAAAGGGUGAAUUAGAAGUUCUUCUUGAAGCUGCUAUAGAUCUUUGUAAAAAAGGACUUGACGUCAAGUGUGAAGCAUGCCAGAGGUUUUUCCGAGAUGGACUGACGAUUUCCUUUACAAAAAUCCUGACCGACGAGGCAGUGAGUGGCUGGAAGUUCGAGAUCCAUAGGUGUAUCAUCAACAACACUCACCGCUUGGUGGAGCUGUGUGUGACCAAGCUCUCUCAGGACUGGUUCCCUCUGCUCGAGCUGUUGGCUAUGGCCGUCAACCCCCACUGCAAGUUCCACAUCUACAAUGGCACACGGCCCUCCGAGACCGUGCCCGCGGGGGUCCAGCUGGCCGAGGACGAGCUGUUCGCCCGGCCGCCCGACCCACGCUCUCCCAAGGGCUGGCUGGUGGAUUUAAUAAACAAGUUUGGCACGUUAAACGGGUUUCAGAUUUUGCACGAGCGAUUUCUGAGCGGCCAGGCGCUGAAUGUACAGAUCAUCGCUGCCCUCAUCAAGCCUUUCGGGCAGUGCUAUGAGUUUCUAACGUUGCACACAGUGAAGAAGUACUUCCUUCCGAUUAUAGAAAUGGUUCCCCAGUUUCUGGAGAACCUUACAGACGAGGAGCUGAAGAAGGAAGCCAAGAAUGAAGCCAAAAACGACGCUCUUUCAAUGAUAAUCAAGUCGCUGAAGAACCUCGCGUCACGGGUACCAGGGCAAGAAGAAACGGUGAAGAACUUAGAGAUUUUUAGGUUAAAAAUGAUCCUUAGGUUAUUGCAAAUUUCUUCUUUUAAUGGAAAGAUGAAUGCACUAAAUGAAGUUAACAAGGUGAUUUCGAGUGUCUCCUACUACACCCAUCGGCACGGUAACCCUGAAGAGGAGGAGUGGCUAACGGCAGAGCGGAUGGCCGAGUGGAUCCAGCAGAACAACAUCCUCUCCAUUGUGCUGAGAGACAGCCUCCACCAGCCACAGUAUGUGGAGAAGCUGGAGAAGAUUCUCCGCUUCGUCAUCAAGGAGAAGGCAUUGACGCUGCAGGACCUGGACAACAUCUGGGCAGCCCAGGCGGGCAAGCAUGAAGCCAUCGUGAAGAACGUGCACGACCUUCUUGCAAAGCUGGCUUGGGAUUUCUCCCCCGAGCAACUCGAUCACCUCUUUGAUUGUUUCAAGGCGAGCUGGACGAACGCGAGCAAGAAGCAGCGGGAGAAGCUCCUGGAGCUGAUCCGGCGUCUGGCCGAAGAUGAUAAGGACGGUGUGAUGGCCCACAAAGUGCUGAAUUUGCUGUGGAACUUGGCCCACAGCGACGACGUCCCUGUGGACAUCAUGGACCAGGCCCUCAGUGCCCACAUCAAGAUCCUGGACUAUAGCUGCUCCCAGGACCGAGACACGCAGAAGAUCCAGUGGAUCGACCGCUUCAUCGGGGAGCUGAGAACCAACGACAAAUGGGUGAUCCCCGCUCUCAAGCAGAUCCGAGAGAUCUGCAGCUUGUUUGGCGAGGCCCCCCAGAAUCUAAGAAAGAAAAUUCCUAUUAACAUAGAAAAGAACUUAGUGGGUCAGACGCAGCGGAGUCCUCACGUCUUUUAUCGGCACGACCUGAUCAACCAGCUGCAGCACAACCACGCACUUGUCACCCUGGUAGCGGAAAACCUGUCGGCGUACAUGGAGAGCAUGCGGCAGUUCAUGAAAGCGGAGCACGUGGAGUUUGACCCGCAGACGGUCCGGCCAGAUAGCCGCUACAGCCAUGUACAGGAGGUGCAGGAAAGACUCAACUUCUUGAGGUUCCUGCUGAAGGACGGGCAGCUAUGGCUGUGUGCGCCUCAGGCCAAGCAGAUCUGGAAAUGCCUGGCAGAGAAUGCGGUGUUCCUGUGCGACCGCGAGGCCUGCUUCAAGUGGUACUCCAAGCUGAUGGGCGACGAGCCCGACCUGGACCCGGACAUCAACAAGGACUUCUUCGAGAACAACGUGCUGCAGCUGGACCCUUCGCUGCUCACCGAGAAUGGCAUGAAGUGCUUUGAGCGCUUCUUCAAGGCCGUGAACUGCAGGGAGGGCAAGCUGGUGGCCAAGCGAAGGGCCUACAUGAUGGAUGACCUGGAACUCAUAGGCCUGGAUUACCUCUGGAGGGUCGUGAUUCAAGGAAGCGAUGACAUCGCCACAAGAGCAAUAGACUUACUGAAAGAGAUCUACACAAACCUUGGACCAAAAUUACAAGUAAAUCAGGUGGAGAUCCAUGAGGACUUCAUCCAGUCCUGUUUUGACCGGUUGAAAGCUUCCUACGACACACUGUGUGUACUGGAUGGAGAUAAAGACAGCAUCAACUGUGCCAGGCAAGAAGCCAUCCGCAUGGGCAGGGUGCUCACCGUCCUGAGGGAGUACAUCACCGAGUGCGACAGUGACUACCACGAGGAGCGCACUAUCCUGCCAAUGUCGAGGGCCUUUCGUGGCAAGCACAUCAGUCUCGUCGUCCGCUUCCCAAACCAAGGCCGGCAGGUGGACGACCUGGACAUCUGGUCGCACACCAAUGACACGAUCGGCUCCGUGCGCCGCUGCAUCCUGAAUCGAAUAAAAGCCAACAGCGCACAUACGAAAAUCGAGCUCUUCAUCGGGGGUGAAAUUGUGGACCCGGCUGACGACAGGAAGCUGAUCGGACAGCUCAACAUCAAAGACAAAACUCUCAUCACAGCCAAGCUGACCCAAGUUAGUUCCAACAUGCCUUCAAGCCCUGACAGCUCCUCCGAUUCCUCUACUGGGUCCCCUGGGACCCAUGGAAACCAUUACAGUGAUGGUCCCAAUCCUGAAGUCGAGAGCUGUCUCCCAGGCGUGAUCAUGUCGCUGCAUCUCCGCUACGUCUCUUUCUUGUGGCAAGUAGCAGACUUGGGGUGUAAUCUUAACAUGCCUCUCCUCCGGGACGGAGCCCGCAUCCUUAUGAAGCUCAUGCCCCCCGAUAACACUACCGUGGAGAACCUGCGUGCCAUCUGUCUGGAUCACGCCAAGCUGGGAGAGAACAGCCUAAGCCCCACUCUGGACUCUCGCUUCUUCGGUCCGUCUCAGUCCCAAGUUCUCUACCUGACCGAGGUGGUGUACGCCUUGCUGAUGCCCGCCAGCGGAACCCUGGGGGAGGACGCCAGCGACUUCCAGUACAACUUCCUGAAAAGUGGCGGCCUGCCGCUGGUCUUGAGCAUGCUGACCAGGAACAACUUCCUGCCCAGCGCCGACAUGGAGACGAGGCGCGGCGCCUGCCUGAACGCCCUAAAAAUAGCCAAGCUGCUGUUAACGGCGGUGGGCUUUGGCCACGUGAAGGUCGUGGCAGAAGCCUGUCAGCCGGCUGCGGAGGGAACCAAUCCCGUGUCACCUAUAAACCAGGCCACACAUGAGCAGGCUAUAGUUCUCCAGAACGCGCUGCAGAACAUUCCCAACCCGUCAUCCGAAUGCAUGUUGCGCAACGUGGCCAUCCGCCUGGCCCAGCAGAUCUCUGACGAGAACUUCUUCCAGGCUUCUAAAUACAUCCCAGACAUCUGCGUGAUCAGGGCGGUGCAGAAGAUCAUCUGGGCGUCCGGCUGUGGCACUAUCCAGCUGGUCUUCAGCUCCAACGAGGAGAUCAGCAAGAUCUACGAGAAGAUGAACGCAGGCAGCGAGCCGGACGCGGAGGACGAGCAGGUGUGCUGCGAGGCCCUGGAGGUGAUGACUCUGUGCUUCGCUCUGCUUCCCACGGCGCUGGACACGCUCAGCAAGGAGAAGGCCUGGCAGGCCUUCAUCAUCGACCUGCUGCUGCACUGCCAGAGCCGGUCUGUUCGCCAGAUGGCUCAGGAGCAGUUCUUCGUCAUGGCCACCAGGUGCUGCAUGGGACACAGGCCGCUGCUGUUCUUCAUCACCCUCCUCUUCACUGUUCUGAGUAGCACUGCAAAGGAGAGGGCCAAGCAUGCUGGAGACUACUUCAUCCUCUUAAGGCACCUACUGAACUACGCGUACAACAGCAACAUCAGUCUCCCCAAUGCUGAGGUUCUCCUGAACAAUGAGAUCGACUGGUUAAAAAGGAUCAGGGAUGAGGUGAGAAGCACUGGGGAAACGGGAGUUGAGGACACCAUACUGGAGGGCCACCUUGGAGUGACGAAGGAGCUGCUGGCUUUCCAGACGCCCGAGAAGAAGUACCACAUCGGCUGCGAGAAGGGCGGCGCCAAUCUUAUCAAGGAGCUCAUCGAUGACUUCAUCUUCCCGGCCUCCAACGUCUACCUGCAGUACAUGAAGAGCGGCGAGUUCCCGGGCGAGCAGGCCAUCCCCGUCUGCAGCACCCCCGCCAGCAUCAACGCCGGCUUCGAGCUGCUGGUGGCACUCGCUGUCGGCUGCGUGCGCAACCUCAAGCAGAUCGUCGACACGCUGACGGACAUGUAUUACUUAAAUUGCGAAGCACUUACGGAGUGGGAGUACCUGCCUCCUGUGGGCCCCCGGCUGACCAAAGGCUUUGUGGGCCUGAAGAACGCGGGGGCCACCUGCUACAUGAACUCUGUGAUACAGCAGCUCUAUAUGAUCCCGCCCAUCCGGAACGGCAUCCUGGCCAUCGAGGGCACGGGCACGGACGUGGACGACGACAUGUCCGGGGACGAGAAGCAGGAUAACGAGAGCAAUGUGGACCCUCGUGAUGAAGUGUUCAGCUAUCACCACCAGUUUGAAGAGAAGCCUUCAGUCAGCAAGUCUGAGGACAGGAAGGAAUACAACAUCGGUGUACUGCGCCACCUGCAGGUCAUAUUUGGACACCUGGCUGCUUCCAGAUUGCAGUACUAUGUGCCUCGAGGCUUCUGGAAACAGUUUAGGUUAUGGGGCGAGCCAGUUAACCUUAGAGAACAGCAUGAUGCCCUCGAGUUCUUCAACUCCCUGGUGGAUAGUCUGGAUGAAGCCCUCAAGGCACUUGGUCACCCAGCCAUGCUCAGCAAAAUCCUGGGGGGCUCCUUCGCCGAUCAGAAAAUUUGUCAGGGGUGCCCUCACAGGUAUGAAUGUGAGGAAUCCUUCACCACGCUGAACGUAGAUAUCAGAAAUCACCAGAACCUCCUGGAUUCUAUGGAGCAGUACGUCAAAGGAGACCUGCUAGAGGGUGCCAACGCCUACCACUGUGAGAAAUGCAAUAAGAAGGUUGACACGGUGAAGCGUUUGCUCAUCAAGACGUUGCCCCCAGUGCUGGCGAUCCAGUUGAAGCGCUUCGAUUAUGACUGGGAGAGGGAGUGCGCCAUCAAGUUCAACGACUACUUUGAGUUCCCGCGUGAGCUGGACAUGGAGCCGUACACGGUGGCGGGCGUGGCCAAGCUGGAGGGUGACGAGGUGAACCCGGAGAACCAGGUGAUCCAGAAUGAGCCUGGGGAGGGCGAAGCUAUGGGCAGCUCCAAGUACCGACUGGUUGGCGUGCUGGUGCACAGCGGCCAGGCCAGUGGGGGCCAUUACUACUCCUACAUCAUCCAGCGGAACGGUGGCGAUGGCGAGCGGAACCGCUGGUACAAGUUCGACGAUGGAGACGUCACCGAGUGCAAGAUGGAUGACGACGAGGAGAUGAAGAACCAGUGUUUUGGGGGAGAGUACAUGGGCGAGGUCUUCGACCACAUGAUGAAGCGCAUGUCCUACCGCCGCCAGAAGAGGUGGUGGAACGCCUACAUCCUCUUCUACGAGCGCAUGGACUCUCCGGAGCGGGAUGGCGAGCUGGUGAAGUACAUCACAGAGUUGACCAUCUCCGCCAGACCGCACCAGAUCAAGAUGCCAGCCGCCAUCGAGUGCAGCGUGCGCAAGCAGAACGUGCAGUUUAUGCACAACCGCAUGCAGUACAGCCUGGAAUAUUUCCAGUUUAUAAAGAAACUUCUGACCUGUAACAGUGUCUAUUUAAACCUGCCUCCAGGACAAGAUCAUCUUUUGCCUGAAGCAGAAGAAAUAGCUAUGAUUAGUAUUCAGCUUGCUGCUAGGUUCCUGUUUAGUACAGGAUUUCACACAAAGAAGAUCGUACGCGGCCCUGCCAGUGACUGGUACGACGCACUGUGCAUCCUCCUCCGUCAUAGCAAGAAUGUACGCUGCUGGUUUGCACACAACGCCCUAUUCGCCUUCCCCAACCGCUUCUCUGAGUACCUGCUGGAGUGCCCCAGCGCAGAAGUUAGGGGCGCCUUUGCCAAGCUCAUCGUCUUCAUCGCGCACUUCUCCCUGCAAGAUGGGCCGUGCCCUUCGCCGGUGGCCUCGCCUGGACCUUCUAGUCAGGCCUGUGACAGCUUGAGCCUAAGUGACCACUUGCUAAGAGCGGUGCUCAACCUCCUCCGCCGGGAGGUGUCCGAACAUGGCCGGCACCUGCAGCAGUACUUCAACCUCUUCGUCAUGUAUGCCAACUUAGGAGUGGCCGAGAAGACGCAGCUGCUUAAGCUCAGCGUACCUGCAACCUUCAUGCUGGUUGCCCUGGACGAGGGGCCUGGUCCUCCAAUCAAGUACCAGUAUGCUGAGCUGGGCAAGCUGUAUACCGUGGUGUCUCAGCUGGUGCGCUGUUGCGAUGUAUCAUCGCGCAUGCAGUCCUCCAUUAAUGGCAACCCGGCUCUUCCAAAUCCCUACGGCGACCCUAGUCUGGCACAGCCCCUCAUGCCCGUGCAGCAGCUGGUGACGGAGAUCCUGUUCGUUCGCACCAGCUACGUGAAGAAGAUCAUCGAGGACUGCAGCAACUCAGAGGAGACAGUCAAGCUGCUGCGCUUCGGCUGCUGGGAGAACCCCCAGUUCUCCUCCACAGUGCUCAGCGAGCUCCUCUGGCAGGUGGCUUACUCCUACACUUACGAGCUGAGGCCUUACCUGGACCUCCUGCUGCAGAUCCUACUCGUUGAGGACUCAUGGCAGACUCACAGGAUUCACAACGUGUUGAAGGGGAUCCCCGAUGAUAGGGAUGGCCUCUUCGACACCAUCCAGCGCUCGAAAAACCACUACCAGAAGAGGGCUUACCAGUGCAUCAAGUGCAUGGUGGCUCUCUUCAGUAAUUGUUCUGUAGCAUACCAGAUCCUCCAGAGCAAUGGUGAUCUGAAGAGGAAGUGGACAUGGGCAGUGGAGUGGCUGGGCGAUGAGCUGGAGCGCCGGCCGUACACGGGGAAUCCCCAGUAUACCUACAACAACUGGUCGCCCCCGGUACAGAGUAACGAGACCUCCAACGGCUACUUCCUGGAGCGCUCCCACAGCGCACGGAUGACCCUGGCCAAGGCCUGCGAGCUCUGCCCUGAGGAGUGUCACUUAACGAAGCACGAGGCGGCGUCUGAAGAAGACGCGGGGCGGACCUCGUCCUCGGCGCCGCAGCUCGUGCCAGGGGACGUGGCCGGACAGCAGCCGCCCACCGAACCUGAUGAUCAGGAGGCCCCUGAAGAGCACGAGGUCUCUCCUCCUGAGGACACCACCCUCUGCCCCCACCCUCCUGGGACGACCUAUCAGCAGAAUCCCCACCCCCAGGGACAGCCCUACACGGGCCCCGCAGCACAGCACAUGAACAACCCACCACGCCCGGGUCCGGCCCCGGCCCCCACCCCCGCGCCGGCCGUGGCCCCGGCCCAACGAGCACAAGAGCCCUGGGAGGGCGGCGAGGAGCCGGCGCCGGCCCAGACGAAGGAGUAGCCCCCGGCGGCCACCCCGCCCCUCACACGUCUGACUGCUCCAUGAAGACACUUGAUCCAAGUGCGAAACCAGGCCUUACGAGCUAAUGGCCCCUCCAGGCCCCCCCACCCACCCCCCCC